CUCUCCUAACUCAUCCAACCCCAACCCCAACACUCUCUCUCUCUCUCUCUCUCUCUCUCUCUCAUGGCACCAGAAGCUUCUCCCCAUGAAAACCCAAAAACCGUUUGUGUGAUGGAUGCAUCGGGCCGCUUGGGCACGUGCCUUGUGGAGAAGCUGCUACAAAGAGGCUACACCGUCCAUGCAGCGGUCCAAAACCAUGGGGAUUUGCAGCUGUUCAAGGGACUUUCGUCUGACAACAAGAGCCUUCGGGUCUUCCAUUCGGAUCCCUUUGAUUAUCAGAGUAUCAUGGAUGCCAUAAAGGGCUGCUCGGGUCUGUUCUACACGUUCGAGCCUCCCAAAUACCAAUCAAGCUACGACGAAUACAUGGCGGAGGUGGAAGUUAGAGCAGCGCACAACGUCUUGGAAGCGUGCGCGCGGACAGAGACGGUGGCAAAGGUCGUUUUCACGUCCUCCGUGACGGCCGUCAUUUGGAGAGAAAAUCGCAAACAAACUGUCGAUUUUGACGAGAGAAAUUGGAGCGAACCCAUUUUCUGUACAAACUUCAAGCUAUGGCACGCGCUGUCAAAGACGCUAGCGGAGAAAACAGCAUGGGCUCUGGCCAUGGACAGAGGCAUCAACAUGGUGUCGAUUAACGCGGGGCUGAUGACGGGUCCGGAUCUCUCGAUCGCGAACGCGUAUCUGAAGGGAGCGGCGGAGAUGUACGAGGACGGCGUGUUCGUAACGGUAGACGUCAAGUUCCUCGUCGACGCUCACAUCUGCGUAUUCGAGGAUCCGUCAACUUACGGCCGUUAUCUCUGCUUUAACAAUGUCAUCAACCGUCCCGAAGCCGCCAUUAAACUCGCUCAGAUGUUAACAGCUGUGACGCCCUAUCCCCCCAGCUGUGAGGAUUCAAGGAUUUUCGAGCAACGAAUCAGCAAUAAGAAACUGAAUAAACUGAUGGUGAAUUUCGCAAGCGGAGCUAAGGUGGAGCAAUAGCUGCCGUCCAUCAAACAUCUUCAACACGAGGAGCGAUGGAGCUGACACGUCAUCUAGAUCUUUUUCGCAUGCGAUGUCUUUUCUUUGUCCAUGUAAAAUUGGUGGUGGCCAAGAUGCCUAUACCAAGCUGUUGGCAUCCGUCCACGUGGCGAGACAAUUGCUUGCCACGUGGCUUCAGUAGUAACAUGUAAGGUUGGUCCUUUUGCUUAAAAAAAAUCAACACGUUCGAUAUUGGCGGCA